CAUUUACUAAGCCUACAUCAUUUGUACAUGACUUGUCAGCAUGAUCAGCCCGUAUAUAGUGACGAGUGCAGACGGCCAACGUGACCAACGAUCACGUUACUGAGAUAAAGAUCUAGGCCUAAAUUCAAGUUAUUGUCAGGAUUGUGUCAUCAGGCAUAUGUCAGGUCAUGUGAGAAAAUGCACAAGAAUGUACGGAUAUCCGUGGACUGACACGAAGCCCACAACUAAAUACUGUACGUGACUACUGUUUGGAGAAGUGAAUUUCGGUGCUGUUUAGACGGACACAGUUGAAGGUGAGUUUACUGCUACCAUGGCCAAUAUUGCUACCGUGCUCAAUCGUGUCGUACACGCCACCACUUGCAUUACAACGGUGGCCAGCAGAACUGCUUUGACUGGUACUUCUGGACUCAUCAGCGGUUUGAAGCGGCAAUGUCUCAGGUUACAGUCUGAUGUCUCCAAGUUGUCAAAGCGGCACGGCUCAAGCUAUGUGACCAGACAAAAUAUCGGUGUGGUCGGUGUGCCUAUCCAUGAAGGGCAGAAGAACAUGGGUGUAAUGUAUGGACCAUCAGUUAUCAGGGAAGCUGGUCUGAUGGCACGAUUUAAACAGAUGGGUUUAGAAGUAGUAGACCAUGGUGAUCUGAAAUAUGAGUCUGUCCAAGAAGACAAGGUACAGACAGGUGUAUUGAAGAGUUGCAGGACGCUUGGCAGAGCAUUACACAAGCUUUCAGACACUGUCUGCAGCAUCAUGCUGAAGCAUGAUCAAGCUUGCGUGGCGUUGGGCGGGGAUCACAGUCUCACGAUAGGCUCGCUGCACGGGCAUGCCCAGGCAGAGCCCGACAUGUGCGUGGUGUGGGUCGACGCCCAUGCUGACAUCAACCUGCCACAGUGCUCCCCCUCGGGCAAUCUCCACGGAAUGGUGCUGUCAUUUCUAGUGCAUGAGUUAAGGGACUAUAUGCCGACUUUAGCGGGUUUUGAGUGGGUCAAGCCAUGUAUGUCAGUUAAGGAUAUCGCUUAUAUUGGGAUUCGAGACUUGGAUGAGUGUGAAAGUUACAUUAUGACGCAAAAGGGAAUCACAUGCUUCACCAUGCAUGACGUGGAGAAGAUAGGUGUGGCAGAGACGCUAAGUCGCUCCUUAGACAAAAUCAACCCAAAGGGGGAUCGACCAGUCCAUUUAAGCUUUGAUAUUGACUCAUUUGACCCCUAUGUCGCUCCGAGUACAGGAACGCCAUGUUCCGGUGGUCUAACGUACAGGGAAGGACUGUACAUUGCUGAAGAGUUGGGAAAAACAGGUCUGGUGAACAUGAUUGACAUGGUGGAAGUCAACCCGGAGCUGGGCUCCCACAUUGAAGAGGAGAAGACGUCCAAAGCAGCUGUCAACAUCAUCUGCGCUGCGCUGGGAGAGACUCGAAUGGGCUACGUGCCUCCUGACUACCAGCUCCCGAAGCCUUGAUGAUGGGAUGGGUGGCCAUCACAGCCAGCACAAGCAAGCAUGCCUGGGACUGAUCUUGGGUGAGAGGUAAUAAUGCCAAUAAUGUUCAAAUCCAGAAACCUUCCAUAGCACCUAUACACGCUGCCAUGUGAAAUCUGAAAUCCAUUUACUUAUUCUUCUUAUAAACCACCAGCUUCAUGCUGGUGCUGAUCGUCACUAGUCUGUGCCCUAUUAAAGCAAUGUGCAUUACAGUCCAGGAAUCCACAUGAAUGUUUUUUUACAGAGUCCAAAUUUCACACUCCUGUAGUUAAUCAAUGGAAUUUUCAUGGUGCUGUAUCUGUUGUUACUUCACAUUGUGAGUUGCAGCAAAAGGGUAUUAUACUAAUUUUGAUCUAUAGCUGUACAUAUGCACGGGCACGUGUCUUACAUUAGGUCUGUAGGUUUGGAAUUUGACACCAGCUAUUCAGUUCCUCCCAAGCCGAUUAUUGGUCGUGUGAAAGGUAAUUGGCCGAAACUCCAUGCAAGAAUCACGGUGGUGGAGUACAUUCUGUGAAACAUACCAAACUGAGUAUUAUAAUUUUUAAAUUUUUAAAUGAGAUAAUACAAUGUUUUCUGUGAAAAUUGUGGAUAUUGCAAUGUUGCUGUCUUGUAUUUAUAAGAUUUACUCAAUUACUCAAGGAGUUGUCAUGUUGCAAACCCACCUCUGGGAUAUUUUUGCUCCUUUAUUGUGUGCUCUCUUACUGAAUAAACAGGAAUAGAUGAUCAACAGAGUGAAUCAAUCAAAUUUCAAUGAAAAAGUUAAACCUUUACUUGAGAAAUUACGUUCAUUGAAAGUUGAAGGUCGGUGAGUUCAUUCAGCCAGUGGAAGGAGUUUGAAGUGUACACUUUUCAUCAUUUGGUAAUGUUCAGAUGUUUCUGUUCAAAUUUGUCUUUACAACACCUGGCUCACAGAUUGGCAAAGAGCAUGUAAGUUGGUAGUCACUUUUUUCCCCCUACUUUUUUCUCUUUUUUUGCAUUGCACUCCCCCAAAAGACUAGCAUCACAUCUAUUUCCUAAAAUAUUUUACAUGUAUACCGAAGCGUACGCGUAUGACUUCUAGAUUUUCCAAUCAAAGCAGUCAGUUCGGCAUGGAAAAGAAAACUGGAUGAAGAGAAACAGGGAAGAAACUAUGCUAUUGUCAUGCCUUUUUGUUUUAAAUUUCACUGAUCCAGCCCCUGGGUGGUGCUAAUUUUUGGAGUAUUUAGAUAUUCAGUCGAUAACCAAAUAUUUCAAUUUACUUCCCAAAUCGAAUAUUAGAAGAUGAUAAUCAUGUUACAAAAUAUUCUAAAAGCAUAUUUCACUUUUUCAUGCGUUAACUUAAAGUUGGCUGAAUGCAUGUUUUCCAUAGUUCUGCUUUGUGUUAAUUAGGCACUAGUGAAUAUUCAUCUUAAGGGAAUUUUGAAUAUUUGAAUAUUCAAUCAUUUAAAUGCACUCAGCUCUACCUUACACUGACUAUUUGUUAAGAGUAUAAAAAUUGAGGGACUGCUGAAAACAUUCACAAGACAAUUUUUUUUUAAUGGAUAUUUUGAUAUUCAUGCGCAGUAAAUAUUUAUGAAUUUGUUUUCACACUGUAAUUGGUUGCAGUUCCAAUUUGAGAAAUAAGCUUAAACAUUGAUAAUAUAAUAACAGUUUAAACACAAGCAAGGUAAACCCCAGAAAAUACAUUACUUGGUAUUGGUAAAUGAAUAAAACAUUUAAUAACCUAUGAUAAGAGAUAAGAUCCAAACUGACUCAGCCAAAACUGCCAGAUUACUCGAACAAAAUUAUGUAAGUGGAAAGAUCUGAUGUGUUGAAGGCACAAAAUUGGAUGGCAACAAUUGAAGUUGAUGUCAAAACUUCAACCUAAAAAGUAGUUUUGGAAUGCCGAUAGAAUGAUACAGAAAACAUUUUUUCCAAUUUAGGUGAAAAUUUACACCCUACAGCUGUAACUAAGGGCAAAACGAAUCGGAGUAGUAUUCACACACCUGAAUAAUAUCAAGUUUUGAUCUGGAUUUCCUGUAUUUAAGUAUACAAAGCUAAUAUUUUUUAUGUAGCUCAACUCUUUCACCACCCCCAUCAAAAUAGUUGGCCUCUGGUGGUGUGUGAAGUCAAGCAGAAGUGCAUGUAUCUGUAGUGUUUCUGUUUGUAGCCAUUGCCUUCAAGUUAGUAUAUUUGCCAUUGGCCACAAUGGACAGGUACUUGGCGUUAAGAGGAACGAAAAGGUCCCUGUGUAAAAUCCCGUCUGACUUCUCUGAACCUUAUGCGUGCAUGUGGGCCUACAUGUGGGUGAACCCGUAAACGGGUAUUGGAUUGCAUUUGCCGGAAGCCGCUUCACCAUCCGUUGCCACGUUGGUAUUGUGUUCAUUCUGAAAUUGGCUCGUCGCCCAGCGCCCGAACAGGGCGUUAGGAAGGGCUGAUGGCCUUGCACAGAUUUUAGUGAAGGAAGUACGUCACACGCGGUCACGGCUAAUGACGCGCAGAGCAUUGUGGUAAAUUCUGCCAGGUGCGCCUUCCUCUCUGCUGAAAAUAUUCUCACUACACUUGAUUAGUUCAUUUAAAGUUGAUCAAAAGAACCUAAUAUUUGAAAUAUAUUGCCAAAAGACACGUGAUCAGUGAUACUUAGAAGAUAAAUUACCACAGUGUGAUUGUACCAAAGCCAUGUUUUCAUAAUAUAAGCCGACAUUUUGGCAUGUGCCAAAGCAUUAUUAUUGGCGAACCAACAAUUUCAAAUAACCUUAUCUAACAGAAAGUGAUAACCUUGCCGUCGGAGGUCGUGCUUAUAGUAGCCAAUCACAGUGCAAAGCCAUCAGCCCUUCCCAGCGACGAGCGAAAUUCUGAAACAGAAAUAAUUGAAUCGAAAGUGCAAGGUGUUUGCAAGCGAUGUUUGCAUCUGUCAGCUUCCCGUAAUGUGAAAGGAAAAUCAGCUAAACUUUCCCGGAAGUGUUUGAUAUAACUUUAAAUGCGUCGUGCAUUAGCUGUUGUCUUAAUCGGCGUUUUACUGCAUUUAAUUAAAUGUAUGCCUUUUUGUCUCGACAGCCAGUUUGUUAUGUGGAGAAAUGCUGAUGGAUGAUGAAAAUGUGAUGUUUAGUUAAACACAGUUGUCAACCAAAAAGAAUUUAUUUCUAUGAAAUGUUAGUUUUAUAAUUUUCCUGAAAUAUUUCUCAUAACAUAUAUAAACUUAUGGUGUGGGUCAUAAUCGUGACGCACACAGUCUUCUCACACAAAGGCUUACGUGCAUGAACGCGUAUUCCCCAAAACAGUAGGUAUAGAAUUUCAAAAAUUCUGAACAUUUAUCAUAACUUUAGAGGGGGACAUUAUCCCAUUACAAACUAGUGUGUUAAAAGGGAAUUAAAUGUCACAUGAUUGUAGAAAUAGACUAUUAUUUUGCAACUAACACACUUGCGUUUUGCAAAUGAAAUGUUUGUUAUAUAAUAGACUAUUAGAAGUAGUAGAAAUAGACUAUUAUUUUGCAACUAACACACUUGCGUUUUGCUAAUGAAAUGUUUGUUAUAUACAGUUAAAACCUGGGAAGUUAUAUAACAUUGUCUUUAGCCUUACGGAAAUAGGAACUGUGUUUCCGUAUAUCAAUCUAUAUACAUGUAACUAUCCCCACUGCAAUACACUUUCCGUUUAUUUUCUUGAAGUACAUAUAUAUUGUGUUUAUUCAACCCUGUACUUCUUACCCAUGUGUGAUCAAUCGAGCUGAAAAGCUGAAUCAUAUUUUGACAUUUCAUAUCCAAUCGUUCCGUUGGCUCAUGUUGGGGGUUUUAACUUACACAACAAGUUUUUAAGCAAAUUAGAUCAAGUGGCAGUUAAAAUGGCAAGUCAUGCUUUUGUUAGCAUUUGACACGAACGUUGCACUUUUGGAUGUAGUAUGCGGCUGUAUGCAAACUCAUGCAAUGAGAGAUGGAUUGAGCUUAGUAUCCAUACAUCUACUGUAUUUGGAUUUGAAAUCCUUUAUCGUAAAAGUUACAUGGAUUAAACUGGGUUGUGUCAUUUGAAAUAUUAUCCA